GGGUGGUGUGUGAGACUCCUCCUUAACUGGCUUCGUGUUCUGCCCGCUGGACUGAAUUAACUUUGUUACCCUUUGGGGCCAAGAGCCUUACCUCUGUGCAGCGGUGUUGUAAAAGUGAGAGACGGGCGACAUAGUCCCUACAGGGGAGGUGAAUGGACGCCUAGGGCGCUCGGGGACCGGGGUUGUGACCUCUGGCUGCAGGGCCUAAGGUUUACCCUCUCUGGUGGCACAGGGCGUGGGCCGGCCGGUUGGUCUGUAGGGCCUUGCUGCCCCCUGCAGGGUGUUGUCAGAACUAUGCUUGAGAGAGGAACCCAAGUGGCAGAACGUUCGUCGUGCAACUUCACAUUCUCCCUCUUAAAAGACCAAUUGAACUGGCGAGGUUAGUCUGUCUCAUGUAUCCUCAACUGGUCUGGGAAUCCUGACCUUUCUGCCUCGAUCAAGUUCUGGGAUUACAGUCAGGCAGCACCUUCAUGAUGGAGGAACUAGAGCAAGGCCUGUUGAUGCAGCCAUGGGCAUGGUUACAACUUGCUGAGAACUCACUCUUGGCCAAGGCUUCUAUCACCAAGCAUGGUUAUGCCUUGCUGAUUUCGGAUCUUCAACAGGUGUGGCAUGAACAGGUGGACACUUUGGAGGUCAGCCAGCGAGCCAAGGAGCUGAACAAGCGCCUCACCGCUCCCCCUGCAGCUUUUCUCCAUCACUUGGAUGAAGUGCUUCGCCCACUGUUUAAAGAUUCUGCCCACCAGGAUGCUUCUCACCCUAGCAAAGCCACUUUCUCCUGUGAUCGUGGAGAGGAGGUAUUGAUUCUGAGGGUGAGGAGUGAGCUCUCUGGUCUCCCCUUCAAUUGGCAUUUCCACUGUCUUCCAGCUAGUUCUUUACUGGUCUCUCAGCAUUUGAUUUGUCCUCUGAUGGGUGUGAGCCUGGCAUUGCACAGUCAUGUGAGGGAGCUAGCAGCAUUGCUUCGGAUGAAGGACCUUGAGAUCCAGGCCUACCAGGAGAGUGGGGCUGUGCUGAGCCGAAGUCGAUUGAAGACAGAGCCAUUUGAAGAAAAUUCUUUCUUGGAACAGUUUAUGGUAGAGAAAUUGCCAGAGGCAUGUGCUGUUGGUGAUGGAAGGCCGUUUGCCAUGAAUCUGCAGAGCCUGUAUGUGGCAGUCACAAAGCAGCAGGUCCAAGCCAGGCAGAAGCAUAAAGGCUCUGGAGAGCCUCCGACAUCAAGCAGCACCUCCCCUCAAGGAACUGAUAGCCAGCUUCAGAACCGGCCAGAACAGCAGAUCUCUCCCACUCCAACCCUCUCAGAGGCUGCAUGUGAGCCUGUGGCUGCUUCAGGCCCUGUGCAUAGAGCUCAGCUGGUAAAGGCCAAGAGGAAGAAGCCCAGGGGACUCUUCAGUUAGCUCACUAUGUCUCAGCCACCGAGAAGAGAGCAAAACCGCUUCCUAGCAUCACCCGGAGAGGAGCUUGCAUGGCAAAGCAUCCGUCAGAGGCCUGAGUUUGUACUGACGGGCCACCUGAGUGGGAACUUCAUCAGUGGAAGCCUGACUCCAACUCACUGGCAGUCCGGAUAUGAGUGACGCCAGCUCCUUGUUUGGCUGAUGCCAGCUCCUUGUUUGAUAGCAUUCUUUCUCUAGAACUAGCAUCUGUGGCAAACUUAGAUACAUGAAGCGAGUUUGCAAAGAGGCGCAUGCCCAAAACACCAAGCUGUCUUUCACAGGGGCCUCUCACCAGUCCCACAUGACCCUUAGAAAGCCGCUCCCUCAACACAGAGUAAAAGAUGCUCACAUCCCUCAA